AUGUCAGACAAGGAGGUCGAGUCCAUCAGUCCAUAUGGACCAGCUCGCUCAACAAUCAAGGGCGAGCCUCUCUCGGAGGAGGAGAUCGAGAAGUACAAUGACUUCUGGAAGGCUAGCUUGUACCUGUCACUAGGUAUGAUCUACCUUAAGGAAAACCCUCUUCUCAAAGAGCCGCUCAAGAUUGAGCAUCUUAAGUUGAGGUUACUCGGCCACUUCGGAUCAGCUCCGGGCCAGAUCUUCACCUGGAUGCAUUUCAACCGCCUCAUUAAGAAAUACGACCUCGACUCUAUCUUCAUCUCUGGUCCCGGUCACGGCGCCCCAGCCGUUCUCUCCCAGUCAUACCUCGAAGGUGUCUACUCAGAGGUUUACCCGGAGAAGUCAGAGGACGAGGAGGGCAUGCAAAAGUUUUUCAAGUCCUUCUCCUUCCCCGGUGGCAUCGGCUCCCACGCCACCCCCGAGACUCCGGGCUCCAUUCACGAGGGUGGAGAGCUCGGUUACUCCGUCUCCCACGCCUUCGGCGCCGUCUUCGACCACCCUGACCUCAUCGCCUUGACCAUGGUCGGUGAUGGUGAGGCCGAGACUGGUCCUCUGGCCACUGCCUGGCACAGCACCAAGUUCCUUAACCCCAUCGUCGACGGUGCGGUUCUGCCCGUUCUACACCUCAACGGCUACAAGAUCAACAACCCUACAAUCUUGGCCAGAAUCUCACACAAAGAGCUUGAGAACCUGUUCCUGGGCUAUGGCUGGCAACCCUACUUCGUUGAAGGUGACGAUGUCAACACCAUGCACCAAGCCAUGGCCGCCACCCUCGAGCACUGCGUUCUCGAGAUCCGGAAGUACCAAAAGCAGGCUCGUGACUCUGGCAAGGCCUUCCGUCCCAUGUGGCCCUUGAUUGUGCUCCGCAGUCCCAAGGGCUGGACCGGUCCGCGGAAGAUCGACGGCAACUACAUGGAGGGCUACUGGAGGGCUCACCAAGUCCCUAUCCCCAGCGUCGCCUCCAACCCAGAGCACCUGAAGAUCUUGGAGGACUGGAUGCGCAGCUACGAGCCAGAUCGUAUCUUCAAAGACGGCAAGAUUUCCGACGAGCUCAAGUCCCUGUGCCCCACGGGAAACCGCCGCAUGAGUGCGAACCCCGUUGCCAAUGGUGGUGUUCUCAGGAAGCCGCUUAAGCUCCCCGACUUCAAGGAGUACGCCCUCAAGGUUGACAAGGCCGGCGCUACCAACGCCGCUAGCAUGAACAACAUGGCGACCUAUCUCAGAGAUGUUAUUGCCCUCAACCAGACCAGCUUCCGUUUGUUCGGUCCUGAUGAGACCGAGUCCAACAAGCUUGGAAAGGUCUACGAGGCCGGCCAGAAGGUCUGGAUGGGCGAGUACUUUGAAGAGGAUGCCAACGGCGGCAACCUCGCCCCCGAGGGACGCGUUAUGGAGAUGCUUUCCGAACACACCUGCGAGGGUUGGCUCGAGGGUUACAUCCUCACUGGCCGUCAUGGUUUGCUUAACAGCUACGAACCAUUCAUUCAUGUAAUCGACUCCAUGGUCAACCAGCACUGCAAGUGGAUUGAGAAGGCCCUUGAGGUCGAAUGGCGCAACAAGAUCGCCUCUCUCAAUAUCCUCCUCACCGCCGUCGUCUGGCGCCAGGACCACAAUGGUUUCACGCACCAAGAUCCUGGUUUCCUUGACGUCGUCGCCAACAAGAGCCCUGAGGUCGUUCGUAUCUACCUCCCGCCUGAUGGAAACUGUCUCCUCUCCACCAUGGACCACUGCCUGGCCUCCUCCAACUACGUCAACGUCAUUGUUGCCGACAAGCAGGAGCACUUGCAGUACCUCAGCAUGGAGAAGGCUGUCGAGCACUGCACCAAGGGCAUUGGCAUCUGGCCUCAAUUCAGCACCGACCAGGGCGAAGAGCCCGACCUCGUCAUGGCCUCUUGCGGUGACAUCUCCACGCACGAGUCCCUAGCAGCCAUUGACCUGCUGCUCCAGCACUUCCCCGAGCUCAAGAUCCGCUGUGUCAACUGCGUCGACCUCUUCAAACUCAUCUCCCAUGAGGACCACCCUCACGGCCUCACCAACGCCGAGUGGAUCUCCCUCUUCACGGACGACAAGCCCAUCAUCUUCAACUUCCACUCCUAUCCCUGGCUCGUCCACCGCCUCACCUACAAGCGCCCGGGCUCCAUCAACUUGCACGUCCGCGGCUACAAGGAGAAGGGCAACAUCGAUACGCCCCUCGAGCUUGCCAUCCGUAACCAGACGGAUCGCUUCUCCCUCGCCAUGGACGCCAUCGACCGCAUGCCCCAUCUGCACAACCGGGGUGCUUCGGCUCGGGAGCAGCUCCGCAACCAGCAGAUCCACGCCCGCAACGAAGCCUUUGAGACUGGCAUGGAUCCCCCGUUCCUUAAGAACUGGAUGUGGUCCCACAAUGGCCUGUGGAAGCAGACCGUUUCCAAGAUCACCAACUAG